AUGAAUGUUUAUUUUUCUGGUCUCAGAUGGUGCCAUGGAAGUCCAGUACAUAGAUAUGGUCUUUACGCACUACAAUGGAUAGUUGAGAUAAAUGGGAAACCAACUCCGGACCUAGAAGCUUUUCUAGAAGUAGUAAAGGGACUGGAGCACGGAGAAUUUGUGAGAGUGAGGACAGUCCAUUUGAAUGGGAAGCCUCAUGUGCUGACAUUGAAGCAGGACCUUCACUACUGGCCAACUUGGGAACUUAAAUUUGAUCCAGAAACGGCAAUGUGGCGACGGAAUGUGAUAAAAGCUUUGAGUGGUAGCCAAAUAUCAGGAUCCAACACAACAUCCAAGUUGUGAAAAUUCACAUGCAAGAGCUCCGACACAAGUUUCAUCUUUAGCUCCAAGAAAUCAGGUUGGUAGCUACCAAGCCUUUUAAGUUAUAACAGCAAAUACAAAAUCCAAAAGAGUCUAAAUUCUCCAUCUUGAGGUGUAUGUUCAUCUUGCUUAAAUGCAUGUUUAUAUCUUAUUUAAGUACAUAAUUUAAAAUUUCUCCCUAAAUAUGCAA